AUGACCAUCACACAGCUGUAUAUGCUUCCAUUUCACAGUAACAGCAACGUUUCAGCUGAUCAGAACACACCUCAGAGUCCCGCUGGAUUAUCUACACACCAGUCAGACACCAGCAGCAGCCAUGAGAGCCCAGACAGUACAUGUGCUACAUGUGAGACUGAGGAGACUGAUAUGGACAGAGGUGAGGCUGAACAGGAGGCAAUGGGGCUCUUCAUCCCUGAGCCCAUGCUGUGCUGUGAAGCUGAGAAACAUAAGGCCCCUCCCUCUCUAGAGACACUGUACCAGACUGCGCAGUGCAACAGCACCUCGGACUGCCUGCUGUUAGCAGCCCACGUGUUACUGCUGGAGACCGGCUUCCUGCCACAGGGUUGUGACAUCAGAGCCAGAGAAAUGCCCAGUGGCUGGAAUGCAACAGAGGGACUCUGCAGGCUGCGGUACUUUUACCCGUUCUGUGAGAAAAGCCCAGUUCAGAUGGUUGGAAUGCUGAUGGGCCAAGCACUUAUUAUAAAGACCACUAUAAAGACAACCGGUGCAGAAGAGUUUUCACAGAAGCUGGCACUGAAUCCUGAAGACUAUGUGACUAAGGAGUGGGCAGGUGGAAACACUGGACUGGUCUACAGAGAUAUGGAGAAACUGUCUCGUGUUUUUAAGGACCAGUUGGUUUACCCACUCAUUGCAAGAGCUAGAGAAGCACUGGGUCUGCCUGCACUGUUUGGUCUGACUGUGCUGCCCCCUGAGCUGCUUUUAAGUAUAAUGUUGCUGCUGGAUGUUCCCUCGAUCCUAAAGCUGUCUGAAGUAUGCAGACACCUGUACUCUGUAACUCAAGAUGCCUCACUCUGGAAACACUUUGUGUACCGUGACUUUGGAGCUGACACUGAGCACCGAGACUGGAAAAAGCUUUACAAAAAGAAAUAUCAGCAAAAGAAGGCACAGCAAAAAUGCAUAAUGAGGCGUUAUGCUCAGAUUUCUCCAAUUCAUCUUCACAUCCAAGAUCCCUUCCCUCAUCUACCAAUUCCUCUUUUUCCCCCCGGUGUCGUCAGAGAUGAAGACUAUCAGAGACAUGCUCUUCUUCAGGCCAUCCUGCCACGCCAACACCAUGACCUUAUUGGCCGGAUUCUAGAUUACGAACCACCAGUGUGA